AUGCUCUCCAACAAAGUCAUUGCAACUGCUGCUUUCUCUCUUGCUCGCCGUUCUGCUGUCUAUUCAGUCAUUCCUUCUGCCUCUUACUCUGGAAAUAUCCGUGAGGCUGGCGGUGGUUUUUCCCGCAGAGAAAGUGCUGAAGAAGAACGUUAUGCCCAUGAACAGGAGCUGAUCUCUAUCCGUAAACUCAAGGCUGAUCUUGCCAAACGUGAGGCUUCCAUCCACACCAAACUGGGUCUCCCUGUUGUAGAAGAACCUCAUCAAGAGGUUUCUCCCGAGACCUUUGGCUCUGCUGGUCAGCAUUCCUCAUAUGCUGGCGGUGGUUCUAUUGGUAAACGUGGCGCUGCAGCUGAAGAAAGGUAUAUCCGUGAACAUAAUGCUGAAAGAGUCCGUAUUUUGCAGGAAAAGAACAAGAAAUAA